ACGCCCUAGCCAGGAGUUUUCUUCACAUCGUCACCCCAGCAUUAUAUGACGUCGUCAUGCGAGGCGCGCGGUUCUCCGUUGAUUGACAGAUCGCUGCACGACAUUAACGCAUACUUGCGGCAUCGCAGAGGGUAUGCAGUCGGGAUUUUUCAAGCAGCAUCCGUUUCCGUGUAGCGUUAUGUAGUUAUCCAUUUACACGCGUUUAAUCAUAAGUUCAAGGCUUUUUGCGUCGACUGCAUUGCAUUGCCUACAUUGGGUUAUAUUUGUGUACCGGAGCUUUAGGAUGGGUCUGCCUGCGCUUGAGUUCAGCGACUGUUAUUUGGACAGCCCGCACUUCAGAGAGAGACUCAAGUCUCAUGAGCUGGAGCUGGAGAAGACUAAUAAAUUCAUCAAAGAGCUUAUUAAAGACGGGAAAGCUUUGAUUCAAGCACUGAAAAAUUUAUCCACUGCGAAGAGGAAAUUUGCAGAGUCGCUGAACGAGUUUAAGUUUCAGUGCAUUGGCGAUGCAGAAACAGAUGAUGAGAUAUGCAUUGCCAAAUCGCUGCAGGAGUUUGCUGGAGUCUUACAGAACCUGGAGGAUGAGAGAACCCGAAUGAUUGAAAACGCCAAUGAUGUGUUGAUUUUACCCCUGGAGCGAUUCAGGAAGGAACAAAUUGGAGCUGCUAAGGAGGCAAAAAAGAAAUAUGAUAAAGAAACAGAAAAGUAUUGUGGAGUUCUGGAGAAACAUCUGAGUCUGUCUGCCAAAAAGAAGGAAGCUCACCUUCAUGAAGCAGAUAAUCAGGUGGACCACGUGAGGCAACACUUCUAUGAGGUUUCAUUGGAAUACGUCUUCAAAGUGCAGGAGGUUCAGGAGAGGAAGAUGUUUGAGUUUGUGGAGCCGUUGCUGGCAUUUUUACAGGGUCUCUUUACAUAUUAUCAUCAUGGGUACGAACUGGCCAAAGACUUCAACCACUUCAAGACAGACCUCACAAUCAGCAUUCAGAAUACGAGGAAUCGGUUCGAGAGCACACGAUCAGAGGUGGAAAGCUUGAUGAAGAAGAUGAAGGAAAACCCAGACGAACACAAGAGCAUCAGUCUGAAUAGCAUGCAGGGAUACCUGUUUGUGCAGGAGAAACGUUCAUUUGUGUCCACAUGGGUAAAGUACUACUGUAUCUACCACCGAGAGCCCAAACGCAUGACCCUGCUGCUCUUCGAUCAGAAGUCUGGAGGCAAAAUUGGGGAUGAAGACAGUUUUACGCUCAAGUCCUGCACCAGAAGGAAAACCGACUCCAUCGAGAAGAGAUUCUGCUUUGACAUCGAAGCCACAGACCGGCCUGGCGUGAUCACCAUGCAGGCUCUGUCAGAGGAAGACCGCAGACUCUGGAUGGAAGCCAUGGAUGGAAGAGAGCCGGUUUACACCCUGAACCGUGACAGCCAGAAUGAAGCCAUGGCUCAGUUGGACGUCAUCGGCUUUAACGUCAUGAAAAAAUUCAUCUACGCCAUUGAAACAAGAGGUAUUGAUGAACAGGGACUAUACAGACUUGUUGGGGUGAGCUCCAGAGUUCAGAAACUGCUCGGCCUGGCAAUGGACCCCAAAACCUGUGCAGAUGUGGAGCUGGACAGCACAGAGUGGGAGAUCAAGACUAUCACCAGCGCUAUAAAGCAUUACCUCAGGGUGUUGCCAGGUCCUCUGAUGACAUACCAGUUCCAGAGGAGCUUCAUCAAAGCUGCCAAGCUGGACAAUCCUGAGGCGAGGGUGUCGGAGAUUCACUCCAUAGUGCACCGUCUCCCUGAGAAGAACCGACAGAUGCUGGAACUUCUUAUGAAACACUUGGCCAAAGUGGCCAGUCACCACCAGCAGAAUCUCAUGACAGUAGCCAACCUCGGUGUGGUGUUCGGCCCAACGUUGUUGAGACCCCAGGAGGAGACGGUGGCCGCCAUCAUGGACAUCAAGUUUCAGAACAUUGUGGUAGAAAUCCUGAUCGAGAACCACGAACGGAUAUUUCAGGACGUGCCAGCCUGUGGAGGAGGUCAAGGAAACUCCCAACUUAAUCUGCCCAGACGGAGAAGUGCAGACAACAAGACCCCGUCCUGCAGCGAGAGACCCCUCACUCUCUUCCAUACCCCUACAAUAUCAGAUCAAGACAAAGUAGAAAAGAGGAACAGUGUGGUCGUAAACUCCAGUACUGAAGUCCAGACGGUCAACUGUAACAGCACACACAACUGGACCCGACUCAACAGUCUGCCCACGGGAUGCCAAGAUGAUCCUCAGCUGCCCAAACAAAAUCGGCCUACUUCACUUCAAAAUCCGAAAUUUCGUAGCAGCUCGUCGACUAGCCCAGUUUCACUCAGCCCCACCUCUCCUCGCUCCCCCUCCUGGCCGAUGUUUUCUGCUCCCUCCAGCCCUCAGCUGCCCUCCUCCACCUCCAGUGAAUCCCCUAGCAUCAGUCCACCUCCACGGAAAGCUCGUGCACUGUACGCCUGUAAGGCCGAACAUGACUCUGAACUGUCAUUUAUUGCUGGGACCGUCUUUGAAAACGUUCAUCCGUCAAGGGAACCCGGCUGGUUGGAAGGCACUUUGGAUGGGAAAAGAGGGUUAAUCCCAGAGAACUAUGUGGAGUUUUUCUAGCCGGAAGGGACUUUAUUUCAAGGCAAUGAGACAGGCGAGGCAAAGAGCCAUGUUUUGAAAAGACGUUGAACUUGAAGAGAAAUCAAGUUAGUACGCCUGGGCGAGCUCGUGUGAUAUGGGUUUUUGGCAACUGGCACUCCCUAGUGUGUCUUUAUUCUGCAUACCCCACAAUUAAAUAAGUGUAAUAACAAUAAGGUAAAAGGGGAGAAAUAAAUCUUGGGACCAAGCUGCUGUUUCCUAAACCAUAAUCUUUUUAAAUUUACAGCAUGGGCUCUUAUAGUGAAUCAUGGACAGCAUUAUCCAGUAUGUGUGAUGUUUCUAUGCAGUCUAAAGCUUUUUUGAAUGUUUUAUUAUUUUUUUUAAGAUGCUUUUAUUUGUUUUGUUUAGAACUACUAAAAGCUGUACCUGUUAACUGGGGAGAAAAAUGUUGCACUCUUUUGUAUUUCAGGAAGCAAUUUAACGCAAUUUCCAUUUUUCAGCUUUUUUAGCAUGUAAUGUAAAAUGUUGAUUUAACGUCAUAUGUAAAGCACUCUUAUUUAUGAUGCAUUAUUUCUAAAGAGAUUUGUGUUCUGGAGUGUAUUAACAUUGUAAAUACGUGACAUUUGAUAAGGUAUAAUUUUUUGUAAAAUGUGAAAUAUAUUUUUAUUGUAGCAUACUAACUUAAUUGUUUGUUUUUUUAAUCCCAAUCGAGCUUACAUAUUUUUUAAAAAAGAAAAUCAUGUAAAAAAAACAAUUCUGAGCCUCAAUAUUCUUUAGGAUAUCAAAUGUAAAUGUUGUUUAGAUUUUUCUAUUAAAUAAAGAGUUGAUCGCUCAAUUUUCAUUUAAAUACAUAUUGAUGUCCAUUUUAUUUUUUGCAAUAAGAAAACUGCAACUAUUUGAAGCUGAUUUAAGUACAUUUGGUUCAGAUGAAAUCUAAGCAUGUAAAAAAGAGCUUUCGAACUACUUUACAUUGUAUUUUCGUAAAAACAACAGCUUAAUAAAUGUAUGAACUUUACAGAGCGGUUGUAUGGCCGAGAGAAAAA